UAACGGCGCCCACGUGACGGCGCGCGCGGCCGGCGAUGGCGGCGAGGUCGGGGGGCUUCCUGCUGCUGCUGCUGCUGCUGCUGCUGCUGGGGCUCGCGGCGCGCGGGCCCGCUGCCGCCGCUGCCGCCAAGAUGAAGGUGGUGGAGGAGCCCAACUCGUUCGGGCUCAACAACCCGUUCCUGCCCCAGACCAGUCGCCUCCAGCCCAAGAGGGAUCCUUCCCCGCUGUCUGAGGCCGGACGGAGGCCAGCCCGCCAGCUGCAGGGUGCCCUCGGAGGUCGCUUCAGUGGGCCCCGGUGCUCCUGUCCCGAGUCCCAGCCGCGGGCGCCCCCGCCGGACUCGGCUGUCGCGCUCUCUUCCAGGGCCCGCGCACCUCUUCAGGCUCUCCGGUACAAGUACGAGCUGUGCCCCUUCCACAACGUGACGCAGCACGAGCAGACCUUCCGCUGGAACGCUUACAGCGGGAUCCUGGGCAUCUGGCACGAGUGGGAGAUCUCUAACAACACCUUCAGGGGCAUGUGGAUGAGGGACGGUGACUCCUGCCGCUCCCGGAGCCGGCAGAGCAAGGUGGAGCUUACCUGUGGGAAAAGCAACCGCCUGGCACACGUGUCUGAGCCCAGCACCUGCGUCUACGCGCUGACCUUCGAGACGCCUCUGGUCUGCCACCCGCACUCCCUGUUAGUGUACCCGGCCCUGCCGGCGGCCCUGCAGCACAGGUGGGACCAGGUGGAACAGGACCUGGCUGACGAGCUGAUCACGUCCCAGGGCUACGAGAAGUUGCUCAGGGCGCUCUUUGAGGAGGCCGGCUACUUGAAGACCCCGGAGGACAGUGACUCCUUGCGGGAAGGAGGUGCCAAGGCCCUGGCGUUCCAGACCCUGGAGAACUGCAGUGAGGCACACAGGGAGCUGUGGAAGGAGGUCAGGAGACUCCGGAGCUUGCUGACACAGCAUGGCAUCCCCUACGCGCAGGCCGCAGAAACGCCCCCCUCUGAGCACGGGGGCCCCAGGACACCCACAGACGGGACGGCGGAACAGCUCCGAGGCGACCCGGGACGGCGAGGGAACACCUUGUGACCUGAGACAGGCCUCGGGGGCAGAGCCAGGCUGGCGGGGAGGGGAGCAGCAUCACGGGGGUGGGGGGGGGCUUCCUCUGCCUUCGGGGCCGGCCGGCCAUCAGCAUCGGCUCAAAGAGGCAGACAGAAUAAAGAUUCAAAGUUUUAAUUAAUUUCCAUACUGAUAAAAAUAAUUCCAUGAAUUCUGUAAACCAUUGCAUAAAUGCUAUAGUGUAAAAAAAUUUAAACAAGUGUUAACUUGGAACGGUUCACUACAAGUAAAUGAUUAUGCUUUAUAAAUACUA